CCCGGGACAGUCUCUCACAUGUCGAUCAGCCGAUGACAAAAAGGCACGCGUUUUCAGCGUAAUAAUACAUUGCUGCGGGUAAUGCGGCUAUAAAUACGCGUGCCUAAUGUUCCUAUUCCGAAAACGCGAGAAGCCGAGUCUAUUUUAACGGAUCGGAGCGAGUUCCGGAAUCGACGGCACUCGUCCCGUUGACCCUACAGACGGCACAGACGCCGGCGAAUCAUCGCCCAAGGCGAAAGUCGAUCUGCAAUCUCGAUCACGCGAGCUCGCCUAUUCGCGCCAAGCGUCUCUGAGCGUCUCCGUAGUCCGUAGUACAAUUUCCUCCGCGCUGUUCUGCGCUAUCCUUUAACCUCUCGGUCCGGUCCACGUGCAACUGCAAUGUCGAAUGUACGAACAUUGGUGUUGCCAAUUUUGGCUGCGGUAGGAACGAUAGUUGUUAUAGGAGUAGCAUUUAAAAUAUAUAAAACCUGGAGUGAAAAGAAGAAAAAGUCUGCACCAGUACUACUGGUUGAUCCAGUAGUUAAGUAUAGUCUACCUCUAAUUCAAAAAGACAUAAUAAGUCACGAUACAAGGAAAUUUAGAUUUGAAUUACCUACAUCAAAUCAUGUCCUGGGUCUGCCAAUUGGUCAACAUGUACAUUUAACAGCAAAAAUUGGAGAAGAGGUUGUGAUACGUUCGUAUACGCCUGUAUCAAGUGAUGAUAAUCGAGGCUACGUUGAUCUGGUUAUCAAGGUAUACUUCAAAAAUGUACAUCCAAAAUUCCCUGAAGGAGGGAAAAUGUCUCAAUACUUGGAAAAUAUGAACAUAGGGGAUACCAUUGACUUUAGAGGUCCAUCUGGUAGACUAAUUUACAAAGGACAGGGAAAGGUCACUAUAAAACUUCUUAGAAAGGAACCAGCUGUGGAAUAUAAUGUUAAAAAGAUGGUUAUGCUCGCUGGUGGUACGGGUAUCACGCCAAUGCUGCAACUAAUUCGUGCAAUAAUAAAAGAUCCUACGGACGAAACUCAAACCUCUUUACUGUUCGCCAAUCAAACAGAAAAAGAUAUCUUGUUACGAGACGAAUUAGAUGAAAUCGCUAAGAAGUAUCCGAAUAAAUUAAAACUUUGGUAUACGUUAGAUUCAAGUAGCGAUGAAUGGCCUUACAGUACAGGAUAUAUAAGCACUGAUAUGAUAGAAAAGCACAUGUUUCCACCGUCACCCGACACUAUCGUACUUAUGUGUGGGCCACCUCCAAUGAUCAAUUUCGCUUGUACUCCGAACCUUGAUAAACUUGGCUACGAUACUAAAUUACGAUUCGCGUAUUAAUCAAUUGAUUAUUAAGAUUGUAGACAUUUUGCGUCAUCUGGUGGAGAUUUAUAUACUUUUUUUAGUACUUCAGUCAAGUUAAAGACCAAUUUUUUGUUAACUGAAUGUAUAAUCCGCUUUAAUGAAGGAUUUCAAAUAACGUGGUUAUGCUCCAGAAUGGUCUCUGUGUUGGAAUAAUUCCAUCAAAACUUAUUCAUAAAGACACCUCCAAUAAAGGAGUAUUGAUGACUAUUAUAUAAGAAUAUAUAGUCAUAAACUUAAAUAAUCAAUGAAAUGCAUCAACUAGUUUAGUAAGCAUACUAGCAAUAUGGUGUGACCAUUUUCCAUAUAGUAUAAGAAUGUUAAUUUAUAAAACUUAUUUACGAGACACGCCAGUCUUAUUCUUUUUUGCUUUUUUUAUUAUUGGAACAUAGGCUGUGAUUGCCGAAUAAGUAAAAUUCGUAGAACUUUAAGAAAAAUAGGGUCACAAAUCAAAUGCAUGUGAAAUGAAUAUUUACCUUAUCACUAAAAUAUACUUCAUUUUCAAUCUUAUAUCUGUACGUUAUUAUAAAAAUGACUUGGGUAUAAAGCAAAUGAAUAAAGUAUAUUGCUAGUGUGAAAUAUUCAUGUAAAGUAUUGCAU